UUAGUUUGUGCUCUGCUCCUCCAAGCCUUUCCUCCUCUCAGGAUCAUGAAGGUCUCUGUGGCUGCCCUCGCCAUCCUCCUGGCCAUGGCCUUCACCCCUCCAGGAUCCUCUGCACCAGUGGGCUCUGAUCCUCCCACCUCCUGCUGCUUCUCCUAUGUCAGCCAACAGUUCCCCAGAAAAUUUGUGACAGACUAUUAUGAGACCAGCAGCCUGUGUUCCCAGCCAGCUGUGGUGUUCCAGACCAAAAGAGGCCGGCAGGUGUGUGCCAACCCCAGUGAUGCCUGGGUUCAGAGCUAUGUGGAAGACCUGGAGCUGAACUGAGGGGCUCAGGGCCCUUAGAUGAUGAAUCUUUAAGGGAAAUGGACCAAGCUGAGGAAUUCCAAAGGUAGAUGUAAUCUCCCCAAACUCUAGCCUUCUGGAAUUCUUUUCCCCAAUUCCAAUUCUUAUCUGUGAGACUUACUUAUGUAACUUAUUUGGUGGCAGCUUUGGGUAUUUUUUCCUGUUAUUUGCACUUUUGGAAGACAAUAGUUCGCCGUGUCGACCUCAAUGAGCAG